CCGACCUUGCCUUCGCCUCUGCCUCUGCCUCUGCCUCUGCUCUCGUCGUCGCGCACGGAGAAGGAUUUGUGAGACUCAUGCGGACGAGACGGGGCUUCUGCUACCGCAUGCCGCAGAGCGAGCGCCAGUGGAGGGCGGUGGAGGAGGAGGAGAGGAGUCGGAAGAGGCGGCGACGGCUCCCUGCAGGAGGAGGAGGAGGAGCGGACUCUGGCGGCCAGAAGAUGGCCACGGAGGGCGUCGCUGAGGACGUGCCCGACUUGUUUGACGGCCUCCCCGACGACCUUGUCGUUUCCAUCCUUAGCAAAGUCAGCGCCUCUGCGGCUUCCCCCUCCGAUCUCAUCAGUAUCAUGAUAACUUGUAAGAGGCUGAAGGGAUUGGGCUCGAAUCCCCUUGUGCUGGCCAAGGCGUCGGCGCAAUCGCUGGCGGUUAGAGCGAAGAACUGGUCGGAAUCGGCGCACAGGUUCUUGAAGCGGUGCGCCGAUGCUGGGAAUCUGGAAGCUUGCUACAUCCUGGGCAUGAUUCGGUUCUACUGCCUGCAGAACCGAGGGAGCGGCGCGUCGCUGAUGGCGCGGUCGGCGAUGGGCUCCCACGCCGCCGCGCUGUACUCCCUGGCGGUGAUCCAGUUCAACGGCAGCGGGGGCGACAAGGGCGACAAGGACCUGCACGCAGGGGUCGCCCUGUGCGCCCGCGCGGCCUUCCUCGGCCACGUCGACGCGCUCCGGGAGCUCGGCCACUGCCUCCAGGACGGCUACGGCGUGCGCCGGAACGUCGCCGAGGGCCGCCGCUUCCUCGUCCAGGCCAACGCGCGCGAGCUCGCCGCCGUCCUCAACUCCUCCUCCCUCUCCGCCGCGUGGCGGCAGCACCACCACCUUCACCGCCACGCCCUGGCCUCCGGCUGCUCCCUCCUGAGCGACUUCGGCUGCAACGUACCGGCGCCGGAGGUCCACCCGGCGAACCGGUUCAUGGUGGAAUGGUUCGCGGCGCGGGGCGCCAGCGGCACGGGGGAGGAGGGACUGAGGCUCUGCUCCCAUGGCGGGUGCGGGCGGCAGGAGACGCGGCGGCACGAGUUCCGGCGCUGCUCCGUCUGCGGCGCCGUCAACUACUGCUCCAGGGCGUGCCAGGCGCUCCACUGGAAGCUGGCGCACAAGGCCGACUGCGCUCCCAUGGAUCGGUGGCUCGACGCUGCCGCCGGCGCUGCUCCACCGGAGCCUGCCGGUGGUGAGUUGGCAUUUAAUUGAGACGACACAGGAGCUUUGUGAGGUCGGCCUUUUCUUUUUCUCCUUUUUUUUUUUGUUCUUUCUUCGUUGUCUUUUUUUUUUUGGUAUUUUCCUGUUUUUGUACAUAAGGCAAAAAAACAAAACAAAAAAAAAAAAGUUUAUGUGUUCAUC